UUGGAAGGGUCGGUCAGGCUCAAACAGAGCCACGGUGGAGGACGACCCGCUGGAUUUCGCUGAUAUGGAUGGGCAUGGGUAUGACCGCUAUGCGGAUGUGGACAGAGACAGCUACCAAAUUGAUUACCGGCGUAUCGUGGGAGACAUGGAGCCGGCCAGGCCUCGGAUGUCUUUACGAGACUCGGAUCAUCACUUUCAUGGCCCGUUUACCCAUAAUACACUACACGGGCAUGGGCACGGGCACGAGACGGCUGCCCAGCGUUACAGUGCUACCCGAAUACAGGCGGGAUAUGAACCAGAAAGCAUGGCGGAUUACCUUAUCAGUGGUGGAACUGGGUACGUUCCAGAGGAUGGACUCACUGCCCAGCAGCUCUUUGCCAUCGGCGAUGGUCUCACAUACAAUGAUUUCCUCAUACUGCCUGGCUUUAUUGACUUCACAUCUGAUGAAGUGGAUUUGACAUCUGCCCUGACCCGCAAGAUAACCCUGAAGACUCCACUCAUUUCCUCUCCCAUGGACACAGUCACAGAGUCCUCCAUGGCCAUCGCUAUGGCUCUCAUGGGUGGAAUAGGAAUUAUUCAUCACAACUGCACACCUGAGUUCCAGGCCAAUGAGGUCCGGAAAGUCAAGAAAUUUGAGCAGGGCUUCAUUACAGACCCUGUAGUGAUGAGUCCGCGGCACACGGUUGGCGAUGUGUUCGAAGCAAAGGUACGCCACGGUUUCUCUGGCAUCCCAGUUACAGAAACUGGCAAGAUGGGCAGCAAGCUGGUGGGCAUCGUUACGUCACGAGACAUUGACUUCCUGUCAGAGAAAGACUACGACAGGCCACUGGAGGAGGCAAUGACAAAACGAGAGGAUUUAGUGGUUGCUCCAGCAGGUGUAACAUUAAAAGAGGCAAACGACAUCUUACAACGCAGUAAAAAAGGUAAACUGCCUAUAGUGAACGACAGUGAUGAGCUUGUAGCUAUAAUAGCUCGAACUGAUUUGAAGAAGAACAGAGACUAUCCUUUAGCCUCCAAAGACUCUCGCAAACAGCUGCUGUGUGGCGCUGCCAUUGGCACCCGAGAGGACGACAAGUACCGGCUAGACCUGCUCAUGCAGGCCGGGGUGGACGUGAUAGUUCUGGACUCCUCUCAGGGAAACUCAGUGUUUCAGAUCAGUAUGAUCAACUACAUUAAACAGAAAUACCCAGAACUACAAGUGGUGGGAGGAAACGUGGUGACUGCUGCUCAAGCAAAGAAUCUUAUAGAUGCCGGUGUUGACGCUUUAAGAGUGGGCAUGGGCUGUGGAUCAAUCUGCAUCACACAGGAAGUGAUGGCGUGUGGGAGACCGCAGGGCACGUCUGUGUAUAAAGUGGCUGAAUACGCCCGGCGUUUUGGGGUCCCGGUCAUUGCAGACGGUGGCAUCCAGACUGUCGGGCAUGUUGUCAAAGCCCUUGCGCUGGGAGCUUCCACAGUGAUGAUGGGGUCGUUGUUAGCGGCAACCACAGAAGCGCCCGGUGAGUAUUUUUUCUCCGAUGGCGUACGACUGAAGAAGUACCGCGGCAUGGGCUCUUUGGACGCCAUGGAGAAAAAUAACAGCAGUCAGAAACGUUAUUUUAGUGAAGGUGAUAAAGUGAAAGUGGCUCAGGGAGUCUCUGGCUCAGUUCAGGAUAAAGGCUCGAUACACAAAUUUGUACCGUACCUCAUCGCCGGAAUUCAACAUGGCUGCCAGGAUAUUGGCGCAAAGAGCUUGUCCAUUUUGCGAUCAAUGAUGUACUCUGGAGAGCUGAAGUUUGAGAAGAGGACCAUGUCUGCUCAGGUUGAGGGCGGAGUUCACGGACUGCAUUCUUCCUCUCAGAGACCCUCAGUCCAUCCUUUCUUACGUUGUCAUGGAAAAGUAGAGUUUACAUGUGAAAAUGUCUUCUCUUCCUUUCUCUUAUGCUGUCAACAUAGAUAUUCUUUUGUGCCAUUUACGAGAAGCGGUUAUAUUGAGCCAGGCAGCAGGGGGCAUCCGAGAGCUGGACCGAAUGUCCCCUCACCAGCCGUCACUAAACACAGCAGCUGAAAGUGAUUUAUGCUGUCCUCGACCCUUUAUCAUUCUUCCUGGUGGCUCUUGACUUUAGAUAAACAUUAAAGUGAAAUAAAUUGAUUGUAAUAAAAGCCAGCAACAGUACUGAAUGUACUAUGGACUUUCUUGGUUCGAUUUUUUUCUUAUUAUGUUCGGGCUUCCCUGUAAGAAAUUAGACUUGGCACUAGAGAUAUUGUUUUCAAAAUCCUAUGAAUGUACAGCAUCUUCUGAAAUAUCAGGAUGCUUACUUGUGCUUAUGUAAAGAAAGAGUAUGAACAUUUAUGAUCUAUGUGGGUUUUUCCAGACUGUCUUGCUGGUUCACUGUAAUUCAUAUUGUCUGUUAUUUUAAUAGUAACAAUAUUUUUGUGACCAUCGUGGUUUAAGACAAAAUCAUACCACAUUGCCAUUAGAGUGUUAUGAGUUCAGUUUUAAUGUAAUAAGAAAUGCAUUUGUUUUCUGUAUUUUUGCUCUAGGACAGUUUUGCAGACUGCUUGUCACGAUGCUUUUCAGAUUAUUUCAGAUAGAAUUAUGCCAUUUUAUGGACCAGAUUAUGAGUAUCAGCCUUAAAAUCAGGUAUUCUGUACUGUUACUCGCCUUACACUAGUCAAUAAUGUACACCGACAUUAGAGACGCUCAUUUCAAGUUUAUUUAACAGUUUCACACACUUGCAUCAUUUAACUUAGAAGCAUUUACAUAUAUAAACAUUUUACAGUAUGAAAAAGGUCUGAAUUGAAGGACAGUCAAAAGCAUUUGCUGUAAAAGUGACACUUUCAACUUUGGGCACCGUUUGAUAGUUUGUGUUGUCAUUCUGAAUAUUAUACAGUUUAUAGAAUAAAGAAUUUUAUAGAUUGUGUUUCUUA